AUGUUUGAGCGAUUCAAGGGCAUCAAGAGCGCCAUUGAUCGGACGAUCGCCGAGGAACAGGCAAAAGCUAAAGCACUCGCAGAGCAGAGAGAGGCCGCCACUGUAGCCUCGUCCUCCCGCCGCUCAGGCUCUACGUCGCGCAGCCGAAACAACGAGUCUCCAGCACCACGACCGCGAACGACCCGGAGGACCAGCCAGCUCAACGCCGGCACCACGCAGAGUACAGAUACCGAUUCUGCUGAUUUCGACGCCGCAUUUACCAUCGACGACGAAGAAGAAACCAGGAGCUCUGCGGGAGACAAUUCACCACAGGCGGACACUUCGCGCCAGGAACCCAGCGGGGGUGGUGGUGCUGCGAAGAAAAAUUCCAAGAUGGAUGGGACCACGACGCCAGAGGGGUCCGAGGGGGCAGGGGCUCCUGCUGCCCUCCCUCAGGAGGUUCGGUCGAAGCUGCGAAAGUUGGAGCGGCUGGAGAAAGUCCACGAAGAACUUCUCAAGUCUUACAGGGUUGCCCACACCCGAGUCACUGCGAUUGAAGCUUUUGAACAGGCGCUUAGAGAAAACACGCCUUGCGAGAAUAUCAAGGACCCUCAGGUAUUCAUUGAAUAUCUGAACCAGGUUAAGAUGCAAGGUGACAUGGUAAAAGAGGAACUCCAGCGCGUAUCUUCCGAGAAUAUCACCUUGAAGAAGGAACUAGAAGAUACCAAGGGUGAAGUUUCGAAGCUCAAAGCCUCCGGCCAGCAACCAACAGAGCAGUCGCCUGCUGACAAGCCAUUGCCGGAAGUCAAGGGAGAGGCGGCCAAAGAGGGUGAAGCCGCUGAUUUAAGCACACAAUCGACGACCAACUCAACAAGCAUCAAGUCCCCAAUGGUCUCCUCAGUCUUGGGAAUCUUUUCUCCCAAAUCCAAGUCUACCGAAACCUUUUCCGACUCGGCUCCUCCGGAUAAGGACACUUCCGAGUUCUUUUCAUUCGAAGCUGAGAACUCGCAGUUUGAGUCCCAGCUGGUCGCCAAGACGGACGAGAUCAAGAGACUGCAGAGUGAAUUGGACAGCCUCAAGGCUGAGGUGUCAACAAGCAAGGCGAAGUCAGAGGAGACCAGCGACGCGCAUGCCAAGAUCGAAGCACUUGAGAAAGAGCUUGCUACCAUUACUGCUCAAAAGGGAGAAGAGAUUGAAAAGCUGGAGACUCAGAUUCGGUCAUUAAAAGAAGAGAUCUCUACAAUAAAUGCUGCCAAGUCCGCGGAUGAGGAAAAGCUUCAAAUCGAACUCAAAUCACUUAAGGCUGAUCUCUCUAAAGCGGAAGCUACCAAGACUGAAGAGGCCAAUAAGUUGAAAGAAGAACUCAAAUCGACCAAGACAGAGCUCUCCAAAGUGGAAGCUGCCAAAACUGAAGAGACAAAGAAGCUACAAGAAGAACUAAAAACUACCAAGACAGAGCUCUCUACCCUAACGGCUUCCAAGUCAUUAGAGAUCAAGAAACUGGAAGAGGAGGCCAAAAAGACGCAGAAAGACCUGUCGGCCGCCCAGAAGGCAAAGGAUGAGCUCGCCAAAAAGCUGGAGAAGGCCAAUGCUGACCUGGAGAAUACAAAGUCACUCAAGAAGGAGCUUGAUGGUCAAAAGGCGGAAGUUGCCAACUUGACUAAAAAGCUGGGAGAAGCGGAAACAAAAGUGCAUGAGUUGACCCAGUCGAGGGAUGCGUUGCGCAAAGAACUCGAUGUUGCCAAGACCGAGAAGCCUACGCCACCAUCAGCCGACACAGAAAAGCCUACCGCGGAGACUACAUCCUCAGCCGUUGCUUCUGAGUCUCCGGCGAAUGCUUCCUCUUCCAAGAAGAAAAACAAGAAGAAAAAGGGCGGAGCAGCCACCACACCUGCCAGUCAAGUCUCCGCAGACAAGGCUCCUGUAGCAGCGAAAGCAGCGAGCCCACCAACACCAGAGGAUACGGUUCCAGUGGCCAAGUAUGACGAGCUGAAAGAGCAAAUAUCUGCCCUUGAGCAACAGAUGACACAGAAGGAUGAAUCCAUUGAACGGUUGUCAAAAAGAAAGAAGAACGAGGAUGAUCUUAUUGAGGAGGUUGAAAACAUGAGGGACAACCUCCUUCACAUUGGCCAGGAUAACGUCGAGGCGAAGGAGAAGAUUAAGGCUCUUGAGGUCGAGAGGGAUGAGCUUAAGGAAUGUAUUUCCGUCUUGGAGCAGGAACUGGACCAGCUACCAAUUCUAGCACCACUUGAUGGUGUGACUUCAAAGGCUCAGAAGCUGAAAGAAACAUAUGAACAAAUGCUGGCCGAGCAUGAAAAGGCCAACGGCAAGCAUGAUGAGCUCACCAACGAUGCCGAGAAGAUACGUCAAGAGGCGGAACAAGCCAAGACACGGGAGGCCGAAGUCCGCAAGAUUGUAGAGGCCGUGGAGGCAGAGUUGUCCAAAUUCCCCGAGGUGCCUGCGGAUAAAGGAACCGUCGAAAAGGUCCAAUGGGUCAAGACACAAUAUCAAUCUGUCCAGAAAAAGCACGACGAACUUCAAAAGGCAUCGGAGGAGACGGCAGUCUUACAAUCGGAACUGGGGGCGUCUCAGCAGCUGGCUCAAAGUCGAUUCAAGGAAAUAUCAGAGCUUAAAGAGAUCUUGCAAAGAGCCCAGCCAGAGCUGAAGAACCUGCGUGCCGAGGCUGCAAAAAUACCAACGCUCAAGGAACAGAUUGCAGCCAAAGCUUCAGAUAUGAUUGCGCUGGAGAACCGUGAAAAGAACAUCAAGUCUGAACUUUCCCGGAUGAAGCAAGAUGUAGCUGCUCGUGAUGCGGAGCUCAAGACUCUCCGUGACAAGCUUGCAGCUGAGAACAAGCAAAGGUUGCAGCUGGAGAACGACAAGCGGACAGCCGGGCGUGACCUGAGGAGGUCUGAAGCGGAGAAAAUUGAGCUGAGUGCCAAGGAAGAAAAGGCCACUCGCGAACUGCAUAAGAUGCAAGAUGAAAUGGCCAAGGUCCAGCCGCGAAUCAAAGAGCUGGAGACGGAGCUGCAGAAAUUGAAAAAGGAACGAGACGAUGUCAAGGAAGAGCUACAACUCAAGACUUCACAAUACGCCAAUGCACAGAAUCUCCUGGGAAGCAUGCGUGAUCAGUCUGCCGAAUUGGGAACUCAGCUAAAGGAGGCACAGGCAAGAGCCGAAUCGGUCGAAGAAGAGCUUGCGGACUGUCAAAAAUUGUUGACUGAGCGCACGCGCGAUGCCGAGACGAUGAGGAGGCUGCUCAAUGAGGCAAACGAGCGCGAGGACGUCAAGAUGCGUGAAAUGCGCGCCCGUCUCGACAAGGCAGAGGAGGAGCGCGACAGGCUGGAAGCCGAAUCAGCGACUGUUGCACGCAAAAAGACUCGCGAGGUGGAGGAACUGCGGACCAAGAUCAGGGACUUGGAGCGCGAUGCCAAAGCACUGGCGCUCGAAAAGGAAGACCUCGAGACUCGCGAGAAGGACAGACGGCGGCGACUCGAGGAGCUCGAGAAGCUUGAGGAGGAAGCACGAGCCGAGGUUGUCGAGUCGCGUGAGGCAGUUGCGCAGUUGCAGCAGUCUCUCACGGCAUCCGAGAAGUCGGUGCAGGAUGCGGAGCGGCGCCGCGCAGACCUGCAACGCAUGAUGGACGACUACAAGUCACGGUACGCCAAGGCGGAAAAGGAUCUCAAGAUGGCAAGGAAUCAACUCGCCCAGCCUGCAGCUGCAAGUUCCGGACGAAAUUCGGUCGAUUCAAGCCGAUCGGGUGGAGCGAAUGCAGGUGGCUCCAAUGCACCGACCCCAGAUGUUAACUACAUCAAAACUAUCAUGUUGCAGUUCCUUGAGCAAAAAGACAACAGGCUCCGGGCGGCGCUGGUGCCGGUGCUGGCGCAGCUGCUCAAGUUCGACAAGUAA